CCCGGAUGUCCGGAUCGGAGGCCCGGGGCCCGUACCUGAGUCUAUACAAAAUCAACGCUUACGCACUGCGGCGUCUGUCCGUGUUCCUCUGCCGAAACUUGACCCUGAGGUUUGAUCUGUGCAUUAUGAAAAGCAAAGCAAAUAAGAUAAAGAGGGAAACUGGACGGACUUAAAAAAAUUCAUUGUUAUAAAAACCAAGAAAAUCCAAGAAAAAAGUUGCCAAGGAUCUCCUGAAAUAUUUUUACUGUACUAGCAUAUGCCAGUAAUAAUCUACCAUGGAUAUAGAACUACUGCAAAAUCCUGCUGGAGGUAGUUCUAAGAGCAACCCAAGAAGGAGAAAGAAACGGAGAGCAAAAAAGAAGGCUAUGGAACCACAAAUCAUGGAACAGAUGGAUGGUAAUUUGGAAGCUUCGAAUGAUACAAGAGAUACUAAAUUAUUCAAUAAUGAGGCAGAAACAAAUCUUCUUGAGACAGAUUUAACUGUGCAACCACUGGCAGAGUGAGCAAAAAGAAAAAGCGGCGGAAAAAAGUGAAGAAGAAGGGAAAGAUUAAGGACGAAGUUCAAAGCUUGGACCAAAUUAAGAUGGAUACAGGAUCAACAGAAAAUCCAGUUGAAGGGAAUGCAAAUGACAAAAGAAAAAGGAGGGGGAAAAGGAUUAAAAAGAAAGCAAAAAGGAAAGAUGAAAUCCAAAGCAUCGGCCAGGAGGAUAGCAUGUUAAAUUUGCACUUAUCAGAUGGAAGCCAUGGGGGAGUGGUUGAUGACAAGAUCAUGAAUAAUGAGGGCACAGCUCAAGAAUCUGAAAUUUCUUUAAGGAAAGAAUCCUCUUCAUCAGAUUUAAUGCAGGAUAAGGGGAAUCUCUUGGAUUUGUGUAAAGAUGAACAGACCAUAUCACUGCCUGAUGUUAUUGAGGCUUCAAGCAAAAAAGUUACUUCUGAAUUAGUUGAUGAGAGUUCUGGACCUAUGUUGAGGCCCAUGGAGGUGGAAGAGGAACUCUUUCCUUGUGAAAGCCAACUUAGUUCCCAUGCUAAUCAGAUCGCUGGAGAGGUGGAGAAGUUUGAUAAUGCUAACAAUGAGGUUGAAAUUGUUGUUGAUCAGGGGAAGUGUUCAGAUGAAAGCAGGAGUGUCAUCUCCACUUGUGAUGUCGGGGCCCUGCACCUUUCUUCUCCUGAUGUGCUUGAAGCAGAAUGCCUGUCACAAGAUUUGGGACUGCAUCCAAGAAUAGCACCAAUUGCUUCUAUCAAGAGAAAGCUGCUAGUCCUUGAUGUAAAUGGUCUACUUGCGCACAUAGUAAUGCCAGCACCAAAGGAUUGUAGAGGAGAUGUACAUAUAUUAGGACGAGCGAUUUUCAAGAGACCCUUCUGUGAUGAUUUUCUGAAGUUUUGCUUUCAGAACUUUGAUGUGGGCGUAUGGUCGUCAAGAUCCAAGAGAAUUAUUGAUAGAGUUGUUGAGUAUUUAUUGGGAGAUCUGAAAGAUAAGUUGCUAUUUUGUUGGGAUAUGUUCCACAGUACCCAAACAGGGUUCAAAACUCUUGAAAAUAGCCAUAAGCCCUUGGUCUUCAAGGAGCUAAGGAAGAUUUGGGAAACUGAUGAUCCUACUUUGCCUUGGAAGAAGGGUGACUAUAAUGAAUCAAACACAUUAUUGUUGGAUGAUUCUCCUUACAAGGCCUUACUCAAUCCACUGCAUACUGCAAUAUUUCCCAAUUCAUACCAUUACGGGGAUAAAAAUGACAAUUCAUUAGGCCCUGGAGGUGAUCUUCGAGUUUAUUUGGAAGGGUUGUUGACAUCUGAAGAUGUUCGGAAAUAUGUUGAGCAACAUACCUUUGGUCAAAGUGCUAUAAAUGAAACUAACUUGUCUUGGGGCUUCUACUCUGGGGUUCUUCAGACCAUGUCGAACCAAUUGGAAAAUAAUACUCCAAGUUCCCUACCUACUCUGAGUUAGCUCUGAAGCCUUUAUGAGCUUGAGAAGCUAUAUACAUCUUUUAUACUUUUUAUGCUUCUUAGUAUUUCUCUUCAGACGAGAAAGGAGAAGCUGCGAGACAAGGUGGUGAGCUCAUAUUUUUAUUGAAUUGAGCAGCUUCGAUAUUAGAAACCACAGAUACUGAUGGAGUUUCUUAGAGAAAUUCAAUAGCUCUUUUUCCUUUUUUUGCUGAUAGUGGCUGCCAUAUAGUAAUAGAAAUUGGAGAUUGGGUGGAGCAUGUGGGGAGCAGAUCCCCCAUUGUUUUGUUGAUUAUUGUUGUAAUAAAUUUGUGUAGUUCAUCUCUUCUUGAUCUUGAAUUAAGAAACAAUGGGUUGUUUGUUAUUUCUGAUGUAUUUUUUUUUUGUUUUUGGUAGAUAGAUAGAGAAAGAUCGAGAUACGUUUGAAGAUUUUUUAAUAUGUUUGACUUGUGUUUUACUUAUCUAUACAUUGAAAUGUGUUCUGUAAAAA